AUGGAGGAUAAUCAGGAACUACGAAAAAUCAAGAAAGUGCAAAGUUUCUUCCGUGGUUGGCUUUGCAGGAGACGCUGGAAACAAAUCGUAGAGCAGUACAUCAAAAGUCCUCAUGCUGAAAGCAUGCGAAAACGAAACAGCUUGGUCUUCAGAAUGGUGGAAGCUGAGGAAGAAUACAUGGAACAAAUGGAAGUCCUCGUUUCAUGUUUUCUGCGUCCAUUUAAAAUGGCAGCGAGUUCAAAACGACCUCCUUGCUCUCACGAGGAUGUAAAUUCGAUAUUUUUGAAUAGUGAAACUGUGCUGUUUUUGCACCAAAUAUUUUUGAAAGGACUUACUUCAAGAUUGGAAUCUUGGCCAACACUGGUAUUAGGUGAUCUGUUCGAUAUGCUUCUACCAAUGUUGAGCAUCUACCAAGAAUACGUCCGCAACCACCAUUAUAGUCUUCAAGUACUAACAGAAUGUAAAGGAUCAGCACCUUUUGCAGCCUUAUUGACCAGGCUGGAGAACAAACCAGCUUGCCAGGGAAGGAGUCUUGAGGCGUUUCUUACAUAUCCAAUGCACCAGAUACCUCGGUACAUUAUAACAUUGCACGAAUUGCUGGCACAUACUCCACAUGAUCAUGUUGAACGCAGAUCUUUGCAAAAUGCAAGGCAGCAAUUGGAAGAUCUGUCAAGACAGAUGCACGAUGAAGUCAGUGAAACAGAAAACUUACGCAAAAAUUUAGCAGUAGAAAGGAUGAUUGUCGAAGGAUGUGACAUCCUAUUAGACGUCAAUCAAGUGUUUGUCAGGCAAGGAAGUUUAGUACAAUUGCCUGCAAGUAGGACUCGAGGAGCCCGAGGUACCCGUUCUAGAUUAGCAUCUUUCAAAAGUGAACGAGAUACGUUGAGGCAAUGCUUUUUAUUCUCGAAUCACCUUAUAAUUGCAACCAGAACAUCUGGUGGAAGACUCCAUUUAGUACCAGAUGUUGGAAAAAUUCCUAUGGCCGAUGCUAUUCUUAUUGAGGAUCCAAGCGAGUGUGCUCAAAAUGAAGAGGAUGCUUCCGAGUCUGCAUCAGUAUGCUCGCUUUCGUCCCAAAGUAGCGAAGCGUCCAGCGUGACUUCAUCUCUGCAUCCUCUGCACAAUGUUACUCAUCAUCAUCCUCAGGCGCCUUCGAAUGCGUCAACUGCAGGUACUGGAGGUUCUGCAGCAAGUGCCAGCAAUGGUAAUCAAGGAAUACCACCUAUACAUUUGAGGGAUUUUAAAAUACUUGUGGAUGGGAAGACUGGAGGACAACUUAGUGUGCAUCUAGGUCAUCCUUUACCUCAACCGCACAUGUAA